AUGCCCAACAGUUUGUUUUACAUCAUACCUAUUGUUGCCAUAGCCUUGACGGCAUGGCAUUUCAACAAGAAGGAAGGAGAAGAAAUGGAAGAGGAUCCACCAGAAGACAGCUUGGGGGACGUCUCUCGCAAGAUUAUGACUCUCUUGGACACUACAAAGAAGAAGUUUGGAGACAAGUACUUUCAUGUAAAACUGGCGGUUACCCUUCCGGCUUUGCUGCAAUUGAUUAACCAAGCAGAAGCUAGCCGAUCUUCUGACACAAAAUCUCCAAGAGAUGAAAUAUACAGUAAGGCUGGAAAAACCGCGACUGCCAAAGAGCUUGAUGGGCUGGGUGGCUAUUUAGACUUUGCAGAUUGGGCAUACCUAGCCUCAAGGGAUGAAAUAAAGAAAAAGCUUGCAGGACGUGGAUACUCACUGCUCAAGCACCAGGAAGCCAGAGAAUCAGGACAGGUUGGCUAUUUCAUUGCCACCAAUGCCGAUACGAAGACUGCUCUAAUUGGUGUUAAGGGUACCUCCUCUAUGAUUGACGUGCUAACAGAUUGUUGCUCGGCUGCAGUUGUUCGAAAGUUGGACCAAAGUUUUGAUCCCCAAGAUGAGUCAUUGAAGGAGAUCCGGGCUCACGAAGGCAUUCUCUACUCAUCUCUCGCCUUGGCAGAGGACUUGAAACCUUUCAUCAAAGAAUUUUUUCUUCCGCUUGGGUACACGCUUCUACUCUGUGGCCAUUCGUUGGGAGCAGGGGCUGCUAGCUUGACAUCCGUCUUACUUCGUUCCCAACAUCCACCUUUGAUGAAAAAAGGCAACAUCAAAGUGGUGGCCUUCGCUAGUCCUCCUGUAUUGGAUCACAAAGCCGCCAAGGCAUGUUCAUCGUUCAUUACUACGAUCGUCAAUAACUCGGACUGCAUCCCCCGGACAAGUCUCAAUAACGUGCAAAUCUUGCUUGAGCUGCUUUCUGGUAUUCAGGAAAAGCUUGUUGAGGCAGGAUUCGACCCCGUUGAUAUGAAGUCGACUUCAGCGUUUUUCGCGAAACUAAGAGAAGGAGCCGCAGGAGAAAUGAUUAUGUCGUCCGAAGAAGGACUCAAGUUACUCAAGAAAGCGCAAACUAUGGUAUCGCAUGACGAUCCUGACCAUCUGUACAUAGCUGGGGAGGUAAUGCUGCUUUAUCAGAAAUGGCAAGAUAGGAGGAAAAUGUCAAAGGGGAAAGAAGCGGAGUCAGAGGAAAAGGCUGCAGAUGAAAUCGUGCCUGAGCCAAAGCUGCCAGGUUAUUGUGUCCUUACUGAUGGUUUCGCAGAACCUCUAAGCAUGAUUGAAAUCAGCAAUGAGAUGGUCGGAGAUCAUCUGUGCGGUUCGCACCGAAUUAUAAUCGAUAGUCUCUAA